AUGACAACUUUUGAUAAACUGGAAAUUGCAGGGAUUAGAAGUAUUAACCCAGACAAACCAGUUGAAAUAGAAUUUUUUAAACCAUUAACAUUAAUAACUGGUCCAAAUGGAGCAGGGAAAACAACUAUUAUAGAAUCAGUAAGAUAUGCAUGUACAGGAACUUCUCCACCAAAUUCAAAUGGAGGAAGAUUAUUUGUUAGAGACCCAACAAUGUCAGCAACAAAAAAGACAGACGCAUAUAUCAAUCUUUCAUUAGAUACUUCAAAAGGAAAAUUAAUAAUCUCAAGAAAAUUAGGAGUUUCUAUAAACCUUGGAAAACCAAAAUUUUCAGCAAAAGAAGCCAAAUUAGAAUUAGAUGGGCAGAGACAUGAAAUAAAUGAUGGAACUCUAACUAGUACAAUAGAAACAUCAGAAGUAAUGUUAGAUUCAAAAGGUUCAAAGAAACCUGAAUUAAGAUUGGUUAAGUUCUCAGAAGAUUAUAAUAAAUUAAAAAGAGAUCAAAACGAAAUUCAAAAAAGUCAAUUUGAUGUUGAUGAAAAAAAAACUAUUAAAUCUCAAAAACUCCAAGAAAAAGAACUAAAAAUUAAAGAAAUUGAAUUAUUAAAUUCUCAACUUUUUGAAUUACAAAAAGAAAGUAGAAGAAAAGAAAAUUAUAUGGUUCAACUUAAAAGAUAUAAAGAUGAACUUCAAAAAUUUAACAGAACUCCUUCUAAUACUAGGGAACAAUUGGAUAUUUUAAUUAAAAGUUUAAAUCAAGAAAUUGAAAAAUUAGAAACACAGAGUGUGGACAUUCAACAAAAAGUUAAUAAAGAAAUAAAACACCAUGAAUUGAGUAAACAAAUUCAGAACCAAAUGAAAGGUCAAACGUUAUUAGAAAAUGAUUUAAAAAAUAGAAAAGAACUAGAAAAAGAAAUAAAUGAAAAGAUUCAAGGAAUUGAAAGUGUUGAAGAGAAAGUGAAUAAUGAAAAGAUAAAAAUUGAAGAAAAACAAAAAGGAAUUGAAGAAGAAAAGAAAAAAGAAGAAAAAGAACUUGAAGCCAUGAAAAAAGAAUUUAAUGAAAUAAAAAAUGAAUUAGAAAAUAGGGGGUAUAACAUUCAUUUAAAACAAGAUGAUGUUAAAAAUAAAAAUAAAGAAAACGAAAAGAAAAAGAAAAGAAAUCAAGAAAUUCAAGAAGAAAUUAAUGAAAUGAAAAAAGAUAUUAUUAAAAAGAAUGAAGAAAUUGAUGAACUAAAAAAACAAUUAUCAAAAGAAUCAUUCGAUCAAAAAGAACAAAAAAGUAAAAUUAAAUUAGAAGAAAUUAAAAAAGAUAUUGAAGAAAUUGAUAAUGAAAUAAACAGAGCAUUAGAAAACCUUCAACAACAAAUGAAAAUAGAAAGACUAAUGAAAGAGAUUAACGAAAACGAAAAAGAGCUCGAAAAUUUUAAAUUAACUGUUGGUAACGAUCUUCACGGAAAAGAAAAAGAUAUUGAAAAGACAAUAAAAAAACAAAAAAAUGAAAUUUUUGAGUAUGAAAAAUGA